AUAUACUCGCUCCUCGUUGUCUUCGGCGUCAGUUCGUUUAGCUUCUUUAUUCUCUGUUAUAUCACUUUGCGAUAUCCUCCAGAGAUCCGGCAGACCCGCAAACUCGAGGAAUCCUAACUGGGCCCCCGAAUAAGCUGUGGAGAAACAGAACCAAGUGAGAAGAGGAAAGAGGAAAACUGAAAGAUAUGUCGAGGGCGCUCUAUCUUCUGUUCUUCGGGAUCGUGGCCGUAACGGCGCAGCGUCGUUUGGCCUUACCUGAUCCCAGGAGUUGCGCUAAUCGCGUCCGUCAUUCGACGUACAGAGAUGCCAGGGGAGUAGCUCAUUCCUACUUCUUCAGUUGGGAACAUCAGCCGACGAGAGGAUUGGAAGUCGACUGGCUAGACGCGAGGAACAUCUGUAGACGUCAUUGCAUGGAUGCCGUAUCUAUGGAAACACCGCAAGAGAAUGAAUUCAUCAAGCAGAGAAUUGCCAGAGGAAACGUCAAGUAUAUCUGGACUUCCGGACGCAAAUGUAACUUCAACGGCUGCGACAGACCCGACCUCCAGCCCCAGAAUGUGAACGGAUGGUUCUGGUCCGGAUCCGGAGCUAAAAUUGGCCCCACGACUCAGAGAAACUCCGGAGACUGGUCAGCGACCGGAGGAUACGGGCAACCCCAGCCCGACAAUCGCGAGGCUGCUCAGGGUAACGACGAGUCCUGUCUGUCAAUUUUGAACAACUUUUACAACGACGGAAUAAAGUGGCACGACGUCGCCUGCCACCACUUGAAACCAUUCGUUUGCGAGGACAGCGACGAGCUUCUAAACUUCGUGGCGUCUCGCAAUCCUGGAAUUCGUCUAUAAUUAUAAAUUUUUAUACUUCCGAUUUUCAAAAAACAGAUGCAAGGAAUCACGGAAUUCAUUUAGCCAGACGAGAUGAUAUCGUCGCAGCGAUGAUUUCAAAUUUAUACGAUCAUCAUCAUUUCGAAUUGGAGAAAUUCUUCCAAAAUUACAAUUACCCUAAAUUAUUAUUAUUAAUACUAUUCUAUAUGUCAUAUAUAUAUAUACUCGUUUUGCAUUAGUUAUUUAUACGUACCACUAACCUGUAUACGUUGUAAUUUUGUAUUUGUAGAUGAACUUAGGAGUAUAAUUAAUGCGAAUUCAUUAAUUUAGGUGAUCUAUUAAUUAUACAUACGCACCGUAGUCUAAUUUUCUAGGAUUAUACAUAUAAUAUAUCAUACCAUAUGUCUAGGAGUCGUAGAACGUGCAAACUUUUUAAAAUAAUUUCUUAGAAAAAUAAAUACCACUUGUAUUUCUGUACAAAUAA